UGUCAAUAUAAUUUAGGAAGAAAUGUCCGGGCUGCCACAAUAACGUAGGACCCAUGGUCCAGAUGGUCGAAAUAUUGCAGGAACCAUUUUCCGAGGGAACCAAUAUUCAAACAUACAAGCUGAGAAUAUACAUACUUACUAUCUCGUGUUGGCGAGUAUAUUAAACCAAUUUAUGCAACAGCAUUGUAGGGGCUUAUAACGUGAGUUUGCAAUUACAAGCAAUAUAUGCAAUCGUCGGAAAUAUUAUUGUCUUCACGAUGAUACAAAGAAAAGUAGCACGUCUGGCUCGGAAUGCCAAAUCCUUGUUAAACUCGGGUAAAUGGCGGCCUUUAACAACUUCUGCCGGAAUUGAGUACCAGAACGAACCUCCGGGGCCGAUAGUAGUAACUGAAAUACCUGGUCCCCAAUCCCGUAAGCUCCAGUCCGACUUGGACGCCAUUCAGAAUGCGUCAAUGGUUCAGUUCUUCUGCGACUAUGACGUCAGUCGCGGCAACUACCUCGCUGACGUCGACGGCAACGUAAUGUUGGACUUGUUCACGCAGAUUUCGUCACUUCCGCUUGGUUACAACCACCCUGCGAUGACUUCAGUAUUGAAAGACCCUUCGAACUGGUCAACGUUUGUGAAUCGCCCUGCGUUAGGUUAUUUCCCUCCCGCCAACUGGGUGAACCGGCUACAAUCCGCUCUCGUAUCGGUGGCGCCUCCUGGGAUGAAGCACGUGCAGACCAUGGCUUGUGGGUCCUGCUCGGUAGAACAUGGUCUUAAAGCGUUAUUUCUUAAAUAUGCGCGCGACCGCCGUGAGGGGCGACUAUACACUCAAGAGGAGAUCGACUCGUGCAUGUGGAACCAGCCUCCUGGCUCUCCGAAACUCACCGUGCUCUCCUUUCACAACGGUCUGCACGGCCGGACAAUGGCCUGCCUCGGCCUGACUCACUCAAAAUGGCAGAUGAAGAUAGAUAUGCCGGCGCCCGACUGGCCGAUAGCGCGAUUUCCGGCCCUCCGGUAUCCGCUCGAGGAUUACGUGAGCGAGAACACGGCCGAGGAGCACAGCUGCCUGGCGGAAGUGGAGGAGCGCAUCGACGCCUGGAACCGGAAGGAGAUGCCGGUGGCGGCGGUGGUGGUAGAGCCGAUUCAGGCGGAAGGCGGCGACAAUCAUGCGACGGCGGCGUUCUUUCAGGUUCUGAGAGAUAUUACAAAGAAGCGCAACAUCGGCCUAUUGAUAGACGAGGUGCAAACCGGAUGUGGCCCCACGGGACUCUUCUGGGCGCACGAGCACUUCCGGUUGAGCGACACACCGGAUGUGGUAACCUUUAGCAAGAAGAUGCUCACCGGAGGUUUCUAUUGCAAAAAGUCUUUUAAGCCUAUUGAGAGUAACCGGAUAUUCAACACGUGGGUGGGAGACCCCAGCAAGGUUCUGUUGCUAGAGGCGGUCGUCAAGGUGAUACGAGAGCAGGGUCUCGUGGAGAGGACCAGGGUCACCGGCGAGUACCUGCUCACGGGACUCCGGCAAAUGCAGGAUAAGUACCCGGGAAUUCUAACCAAAGCACGAGGACUGGGGACGUUUUGUGCAAUUGAUUUCCACAACACGGAGUCCCGGGACAGCCUCGUGUUCAAGCUGAGACAGAGAGGAGUCCAUACGGGUACAUGCGGAUCGGUGACCUUGAGAUUACGUCCAUCAUUGAUCUUCCAAACUCGUCACGUUGAUCUAUUUUUAGAACAUUUCCAGACAGUACUUGAGACUAUGCCUACGAAAUAGGGUUGAUUUGACAUUAUUUGGCUAUCAGAUAACAAAUUACCCAUAAUCCGCAAUAUGACAUGUGUGUGGAAAGGAAACUGUCUUUUUAUAUUCAUAAUCUUUUAUAAAAGUGUAUAAAAUGAUACCUCAUUGCC